CUUUCGCACGCUCACAUGCGUCUCAAAAUACAAUGCUCUCAACCACCGCUCAAAUUUUGGUUUGCACCUGGGGAUCACGAAUGCUGCACAACCAUCGGUGACCUCAAAUCCGCGUUGACGAAACUGUUGGACGAAGUCAAGCCACUCAAACUGGCCCUCGAUGGUUUCGAACUUUUGGAUAGAAGCCAAAUAACCCAUGUUCUGCGCGAUGGAGAUCUGGUGGUUGUAGCUAGUAGUGGUCGGAGCGGAACGAAACGGAAAAGAAGCAAUUCUACGUCGUCGUCAUCGUCGUCGUCCGACUCGAGUUCCUCUGAGUCUGAGUCUGACUCUGACUCUGACUCGAGUUCGAGCAGUUCUUCUGCCUCUUCCUCUCCAGCCAAACCACCUCCAAUAUCUUCAUCCAAACCUAAUGUUCCGCCUGGUCAAGGCAAACCAUCGACGCGUUCACGCAAUGCUCGUCGAAAACUAAAAGCACUGGCUCUCAAGACCGCGACUGCCACUCUCCCCGCCUUCCUUUCCGCCACAAACUCAACGCCCAUUGCGCCUGUUGAAGUUUCGAUUCCCUUGCAGAGUGAAGCCGAAGAGACUCUGAGGGUGCAGAUGAUGUCCAUGCUCCCAAAAUCGAAAAACAAGAACAAAAGCCGGAGGAAUUUCGAUCGAACAGAUGCACAGGCGCGUAAAAUUGUCUUUGAUCAAGAGGAGACGGCGUCCCGCCCUGCUUUCAUACCGCCAUCAGCAUUACCGCCGGAACGCAUCCCGCCCAACGUAUUCAUCACCUCCAUUGAUGUCGAGGAGGGGAUCAGACGCCGUCCAAGACAAUCACAAAGACCAAAGCAGGAAUAUAUGCAAGAUGUGCAAACUGUGCUUGAUGAGAAGGUAGUUGGAUUGGACUGGGACAAUUCCCCAAUAAUCGACUCGCAUUCUCAGCUUGCGGCGAACCAGAUCAUUGGAUUCUCCGGACUAAUCAUUGACAUGACAACAAUGUCGCCAGUCAUAGGAAAACGACUGGGACGAGUUCAAUCAUGGACUGACGAAUUCAUAGUCGUCACGCGGGGGAUCGAAGGCCCACAUGGAUUUGAGGACGAGGAGGUAGAAGAGGAGCUAGACUGGAGCGAGGUCCAGGGUCAAUGGAAAAUUUUACAGGCUUGA